GGCGAGGCCUCCGUCUCCCGUUUAAAAGGCAGAGCCGUGGAGUAGCUGAACCAAUGAGAAGCCCUGUGCGGCCUCAGCCCCUCCCACCCCAGCCAGAGGUCAAAAGGCUUGGUUGUACUGAGGCCUGCGCGCUAGGAGGGAAGGUUCCAGGUGAGGACUGGCCAGAGGCCGGGAGCGCAAGGGCUGGGGCCACGGGUGAGGCUGCUCUGCUCGGCCGCUCCCGCUCCCCCAGACUGGCGGUGGUUGUUUCUCCCGCUCUCCAACCCGCUGCCCAUAUGGCCCUGAGAGGCGUCUCCGCGCGGCUGCUAAGCCGCGGAGUCUGCCUGCGUUUACUGAGCACGCGGGGGUCGGCGGCGGCGCAGACAGAGAAGGGCGGGAAGACACAGAGCAAACCGACCAAGCCCUCGCGUCCGGAAUUUGACUGGAGAGACCCGCUGAUGCUGGAGGAGCAGCUGACAGCGGAUGAGAUCCUCAUCAGAGACACCUUCAGAACCUACUGCCAGGAGCGACUCAUGCCUCGCAUCCUACUGGCCAAUCGCAACGAAGUGUUUCACCGUGAGAUUAUCUCUGAGAUGGGGGAGCUGGGUGUGCUGGGCCCCACCAUCAAAGGGUAUGGCUGUGCUGGGGUCUCAUCUGUGGCCUAUGGGCUUCUGGCCCGAGAGCUGGAGCGGGUGGACAGUGGCUACAGGUCUACCAUGAGUGUUCAGUCCUCCCUGGUCAUGCACCCUAUCUACGCCUACGGCAGCAAGGAGCAGCGGCAGAAAUACUUGCCCCGGCUGGCCAAGGGGGAGCUCCUGGGCUGCUUUGGACUCACAGAACCCAACUAUGGAAGUGACCCCGGCAGCAUGGAGACCAGAGCCCGCCACAACCCAUCCAGCAGGAGCUAUACUCUCAAUGGGACCAAGACCUGGAUCACCAACUCACCUGUGGCUGACCUGUUUGUGGUAUGGGCUCGCUGUGAAGAUGGCUACAUUCGGGGCUUCCUUCUAGAGAAGGGGGUGCAGGGCCUCACAGCCCCUACGAUCAAGGGCAAGUUCUCCCUGCGGGCCUCAGCCACGGGCAUGAUUGUCAUGGACGGUGUGGAGGUGCCAGAAGAGAAUGUGUUGCCUGGCGUGUCUGGUCUGGCGGGUCCCUUCGGCUGCCUGAACAAUGCUCGGUAUGGCAUCGCCUGGGGCGUGCUUGGCGCUGCAGAGUUCUGUUUGCACACCGCCCGGCAGUAUACCCUGGAUAGGAUCCAGUUUGGCGUCCCAUUGGCUAGGAACCAGCUGAUUCAGAAGAAGCUGGCAGAUAUGCUCACUGAGAUUGCACUGGGCCUUCAUGCCUGCCUGCAGCUCGGUCGCUUGAAGGAUCAAGACAAGGCCACCCCAGAAAUGGUUUCCCUGCUGAAGAGGAAUAACUGUGGGAAGGCCCUGGACAUUGCUCGCCAGGCCCGAGAUAUGCUUGGGGGGAAUGGGAUUUCUGACGAGUACCACGUGAUCCGGCAUGCCAUGAACCUGGAGGCUGUGAACACCUAUGAGGGCACUCAUGAUAUUCACGCUUUGAUCCUUGGAAGAGCGAUCACAGGGAUCCAGGCGUUCACGGCCAGCAAGUGAAUGCACGUCACCCUGGGGCCCGGAGUGCCUCAGGUCCCUUCCUGGGGAGACCUGUGCCCUGAGCUUACUCAGGGAAGUGGUGGAGGCAGGGGAAGUGAGAGACACUAAUUUUUAAACACCCAAAUUUCCCUUUUAAAAUUAAUCAUCUGUGCUCCUUAAAAAGACAAUGGGACCCUCUGAGCCGAGUUUCUCAGUCCGCUUUUAACCAUGUAUGGGAGUGAACUCCACUCACCCUAGAGCAGAAGCUUCUCUUGCUGGGGCAGCAGUGAGAGGGAAGGAGAGUGACAGGGAAGCAACCUCUGUGGGACCAGUGUCUGGCCAGCAAACGCCCCCCCCGGACACCCCCCCCACAAGUUCCCUGUGUGCCCUCUGACCCUCCUGUUGCGAGGUUAUGUGCCUUAUGCUGGAUGUUGGAGCAGAAUGACACCGAGAGUGAGAAUAAUAAAGAAUCUGCAUGUCUAA